UUUUUCUAAUUUGGAGGUUUUCCUGCUUUCCCUCCUUGCCCUGUCCUCUGCACCCUCCCUUCUCUCUCCCUCCCUAACUGAGCUCAAGUUGAAACUUUGCAUUGCACAUUCCCUUCACCCCCUCCUGGGAUGGCUCUGAGCUCUCGGGCACUUGCCUUCUCUGUGGAAGCCUUGGUGCAGAGACCCGGGGAAAGAAAAUUGCAAGACCCAAGAGAGGAGACUCAGGCUGAGUUGCUGGAAAAGGAGGGCGGAGAGGAGGAGAGAAAGAGAAGAGCCGCAAGGGAAAAGAGUCAGCAGCCCGCAGAAAAGCGACCCAAGACCGAGCCCUCAGCAACUGCUUUCUCUGGCUAUAGCAGCAGCGACAGUGAUAACAGCAGCUGCAAAAAUCUGGAAGAGAAAGAUGCUAUCCAAAUGGAACUUCAAGGAUCUGAACUGUGGAAGAGAUUCCAUGACAUUGGGACUGAGAUGAUCAUUACAAAGGCUGGCAGGCGGAUGUUCCCCUCUGUUCGAGUCAAAGUGAAAGGGCUGGACCCAGGGAAGAAGUACUAUGUGGCCAUCGACGUGGUGCCAGUAGAUUCCAAGCGUUAUAGGUAUGUGUACCAUAGCUCACAGUGGAUGGUAGCUGGGAAUACAGACCACUCAUGCAUUACUCCCAGGUUCUAUGUUCACCCGCACUCACCCUGCUCUGGAGACACCUGGAUGCAGCAGAUCAUCAGCUUUGAUCGCUUGAAACUCACCAACAAUGAGAUGGAUGACAAAGGCCAUAUCAUUCUGCAGUCCAUGCAUAAGUACAAGCCUCGUGUGCAUGUGAUGGAACAGGACAGCAAGGUUGACCUGUCCAGGAUUCAGUCCCUACCCACUGAAGGGGUUAAAACAUUCUCCUUUAAAGAAACGGAGUUCACCACAGUGACAGCUUACCAAAACCAGCAGAUUACCAAACUGAAAAUAGACAGGAAUCCUUUUGCGAAAGGUUUUAGAGAUCCCAGAAGAAGUAGGGUUGUAUUGGAUAGGCUUUUAGAGAUCUACCCGUGGAGGCCUUCUGCCACUCUGGAUUUUAAAACUUUUGGUGCAGACACACAAUGUGGAAGCAGUGGCUCAUCUCCAGUGACCUCUAGUGGAGGGGCUCCCUCUCCUCUGAACUCCUUGCUUUUUCCAACUUGCUCUGUGCCUACAUUUCACUUACCUACAGGCUCCCUUGGAAUGCCCUGUCCAGAGGUGUAUCUGCACAAUAUCAACCUGCCCCUUUGCUACAAGAUUUGCCCAACUAAUUUUUGGCAACAGCAGCCCCUUAUCUUGCCUUCUCCUGAAAGACUAGCAAGUAGCAACAGUUCUCAGUGUUUAGCCCCUCUCAUGAUGGAAGUUUCCAUGUUUUCUUCUCUGGGGAUCGCCAAUUCAAAAAACAGUUCAUUUCAAGACUUAAGUGAGCAGUGUCUACAGGCACCUAAUUCUUCCAGUCAAAUGUUGUAUGGAUUACAGGCACCUGGAAGUAUUUUAUCACCAAACCCCAUUGUCCAGGAAACAAUUGGUUGUUCUUUCCAUCCUUCCUAUGGUUUUUAUAGGUACAAUUUCUCAGUGCCAUCUAGACUGGUAAAUGCUGCCAACCAUCUCAAAGUCAAAGUGAAUGACAAUAACCAAGUUUCUUUUAGAGAAGGCAAAUGCAGCCAUGCUCAUUGGUACCCAACAAUCAAUCAUUGCCUUUAA